GGACGAAGCGAGCCGUGCGUUGGUUUAAGAACAGAGUGAAGUGGACAAAGAGCUGCGAUGGACGGUGAUAUUGCGGUUGGUGUGAAGAGAAGCUCAGAUGAGCUCAACAUGUAUGGUAGCAGCCCUAACUCUUUGACUGCAAACGGUAGUGACAGUAAGAAACAGCGCUUGGAUGAGUCUCCUCCAUCUAGAGUUCUACACAUCAGGAAACUUCCAAAUGAAGUCUCAGAGACUGAGGUCAUUGCGCUUGGGCUGCCCUUUGGAAAGGUCACCAACAUACUGAUGCUAAAGGGGAAGAACCAGGCAUUUCUGGAGUUGGGUACAGAGGAAGCAGCCAUCACAAUGGUCAACUAUUACACAGCCGUCACACCCCAGGUCAGAAACACGCCUGUCUUUAUACAGUACUCUAACCAUAAGGCACUGAAGACUGACUCUGCUCUGAACCAGAGGGCCCAGGCAGUGCUGCAGGCAGUGUCAGCAGUUCAGGAUGGAAGCUCGCCAUCCUCUGACACUGGAGUUCUGGACUUGGCUCCUCCCCCAAGCCCUGUCCUUCGAAUUAUAAUUGACAACAUGUUCUAUCCUGUGACACUGGAUGUUCUACAACAGAUUUUCAGUAAAUUUGGAACUGUGUUGAAGAUUAUAACCUUCACAAAGAAUAACCAGUUUCAGGCUCUGCUACAGUUCAGCGACCCUGUCAAUGCUCAACAGGCUAAACUGUCAUUGGAUGGACAGAACAUUUAUAACUCUUGCUGUACUCUGCGGAUAGACUUCAGUAAACUGGUCAGCCUUAAUGUCAAGUACAACAACGAUAAGAGCAGAGAUUACACCAGACCUGACCUGCCCGCUGGAGAUGGAGACAUGAGCAGCAAGGAUCACUCAUCUUUACUGGGUACCCCAUCCGGAGCUCUAACUUCCUACUCUAGUGGAGGAGGUUACUCGUCUUCUCUCUCCCUCUCGCAGGGUGGAGGAGCCAUCAGUCCACUGAGCGCUGCUGCCGCUGCGGCUGCUGCUGCCGGCCGUGUUGCUCUGUCUGGGUCUGUAGUAUCAGGAGUCCUGCUGGCAUCCAACCUUAAUGAUGAGAUGGUCACGCCUCAAAGUCUCUUUAACCUCUUCGGUGUUUAUGGUGAUGUGCAGCGUGUGAAGAUUCUCUACAACAAGAAGGACAGUGCACUGAUCCAGUUGUCAGAUGGCAACCAGGCUCAGCUGGCCAUGAGCCAUCUGAAUGGUCAGAAGGUGUUUGGUAAAGUGAUGAGAGUGACACUUUCUAAACAUCAGACCGUUGCUCUGCCCAGGGAAGGACUGGAUGAUCAGCUUCUCACAAAAGAUUUCUCAGGCUCUCCACUCCAUCGCUUCAAGAAGCCUGGAUCCAAGAACUUUCAAAACAUCUUCCCUCCUUCACCAACGCUACACCUCUGUAACAUACCGGCAAGUGUAACAGAGGAAGAUCUGCGUCUUCUCUUCUCAAAUGGCGGAGGAACUGUCAAGGCCUUCAAGUUUUUCCAAGACCGCAAAAUGGCCUUGAUCCAGAUGUCGUCAGUAGAAGAAGCUAUCCAGGGGCUGAUUGAGCUUCACAAUUAUGACAUGGGCAGGAAUCACCAUCUUAAAGUUUCAUUUUCCAAGUCUACCAUCUAACCCUCGUUGACCUUCACAGCGGACUCCCUAUCCUUCAAAACUGUGACAUGGGCAGGCGUUACUAUCUUUACCUGCUUCUCUAAGUUAUCAUUUACCCCCAUUACUCAUUGUAUUUGAUCCCCUAACCUUCCAUUUUUUACAAUGUAUUCAUUUUCGUUGAUGCCUGAAACUCACUUGGCCCAUAAUUAAAUCUGGUUGACCUUU